AUGUCUGAUAUUCGGUCCUUCUUUGGGGCCAAGGGUGCUACCGCGCCUACAAAGCCGGUCCCAAAGAAGACAGGCGAGGAUUCCUCGAAAAGACGCAGCAAAGUGCGCAAAGUCGUGGACGACAGCGACGAGGAUGACGAGCCGGUCGCACAGACGAAGAAACUGCCUACUAGAUCUUCUCCUAGGAGGAAGGCGACCAAUGAGAAGCUCCAGGGGACCGCCAUUACAGCCAGCGAAUACUUUGCCUCAAGCAAAACGAAGAGCCAGCCGACCAAGAAAUCCGAGCCCAAAAUCCAGCCCCAAGUUGAGCCGCGAUCAAGCCCCCGAAACAAGAAGACCACUGGAAAGGAGACGACCGGGAAGGGGGCAUCAAGGUCUGGUCACAACGAGAUACCCGAAUCGGGAAAACGCCCCUCGACUAAAGUCAAGCGGCACGUCCUAGACGAUGAAGAGGAUGUCUAUAUGGAAGACGACGUAGAUGCGGGAGAUGAUAUUUUCGCUGCCGACGCAAAAGGUCGGAAUAAGAGGAAGAAUGACGACUACUCGGAAGGCGAAAGCGAAGAGGACUUCAUUCCCAAGCCGAAGCGCGUUAACUCCCGCAGCAAAGCGGUUGACAGCGGCGGGAAACUCGCGUCGAAGUCUGCAAAGACUGACAGAACCUCCACGCCGAGUAAGAAGAGGAAGACCCCUGAGCCUGAAUCUGACGAAGAGGAAGAGGAUGAGUCUCCGCCCCGUAAGAAGCCAGCGCCGAGGAAGCCGCGUGCUCCGAGAGCGAAGAAGGUCGACGAACCGGAGGACGCAGAAAUCCAAAACAUACUGGAUGAUAUUCCGAUGGUCAGACCUCCGACGCCGCCAACCCAAACCCCGGAUGCCAAAUUCGACUGGAGAAAGGCGGCAGCGGGUGGUGGUAAUUCCGGACCGCCACUCAACCCCACCACAGAACUGCCCGAAGGAGAGGAGGAUUGUCUUGCUGGCUUAACAUUUGUCUUCACCGGACAACUGGGUACUAUCGCCCGCGAGGAAGCCCAGAUGUUGGUGAAGCGAUAUGGCGGGAAAGUCACGGGCGCCCCUAGUAGCAAGACAAGCUACGUAGUGCUGGGCGAAGACGCUGGCCCCAGUAAGCUGGCCAAGAUCCGCCAGCUUGGUCUUAAGACCAUCAACGAAGAAGGCUUGUUCGAGCUCGUUCGCCGCCUUCCUGCCGGCGGUGGAAGCGGGAAAGGCGCGGAGAAGGUCCGGGAAAAACGGAGAUUGGAAGAAGAGAAGGCUAAGCAGCAAGCUGCUGAAAUGGAACGAGAAGAGAAGGCUCGAAAGGCAGAAGCUGAGAAGGCUCGGAGAGCCGCUGCCGCCACUCGUGGUUCUUCAGGCCCUGCUCCCGCCGCCCCGAUCCCUCUCUCACAAUUGUGGACGGUGAAGUACGCCCCGACCCAAGCGAACCACAUCUGCGGUAACAAGGCCGCGGUAGAGAAGAUCCAAACUUGGCUGAAGAACUGGUCAAAGGCCCGCAAAUACAACUUCCAAAAGAGAGGAGCGGAUGGCAUGGGUGGCGCCCGCGCUAUCAUCGUUUCUGGGCCUCCCGGUGUUGGCAAGACAACAGCGGCACACCUGGCGGCCAAGCUAGAGGGCUACGAUGUUAUAGAGAGCAAUGCUAGCGAUGCGCGCAGCAAGAAGCUGGUGGAAUCUGGUGUCGGCGAGGUGAUGAAUAACACGUCAUUGAACGGCUUCUUCGCGGAGGAUGGGAAGAAGAUAGAUAAGGAGAAGAAGAAGAUCGUCCUGAUCAUGGACGAAGUAGACGGGAUGUCGGCUGGAGAUCGUGGUGGCGUGGGCGCUCUGGCAAAGUUCUGCAAGAAGACCGAGGUGCCUCUUAUCCUGAUCUGCAAUGAGCGAAAGCUGCCGAAAAUGAAACCGUUUGAUUUCGUGGCAUUCGAUGUCAAGUUCCAACGACCGCAAAUCGACCAGAUACGCUCACGGAUGAUGACCAUCUGCCACCGGGAAGGGUUGAAGCUAUCCCCCCAAGUGCUAGAUGCCCUUAUCGAAGGCAGCAACCGGGAUAUCCGGCAAAUCAUAAACAUGUUGUCUACGGUUAAGCUGGACCAAUCCUCCAUGGACUACAGCCAGAGCAAAGAUAUGUCGAAAGCGUGGGAGAAGUCGAUAGUGCUGAAGCCCUGGGAUAUCUGCCAGAAGAUGCUCGGUGGCGGCCUCUUCGCCCCGGCGAGCAAGGCGACACUCAACGACAAGAUCGAGCUCUAUUUCAACGACCAUGAGUUCAGCUACCUGAUGAUACAGGAGAACUACCUCCGCACUAAACCGUCCGUCCUGAACCAGAAUCAGUACAACAAGCGAGAGCAAAAUCUUAAGGCUCUGGAGCUGGUCGACAAGGCGGCGGAAAGCAUCAGCGACGGCGAUUUGGUAGAUCGGAUGAUCCACGGCCCGCAACAGCACUGGAGUCUCAUGCCCACGCACGCGGUCUUCAGUACCGUCCGGCCAGCCAGCUUUGUAGCCGGCCAGUUGAUGGGGUCAAAUUUCACGACUUGGCUUGGUAACAAUAGCAAAUACGGCAAGCUAGGUAGAUACGUGCGGGAGCUCCACUCGCAUAUGCGGCUUAAAUCCUCCGGCGACCACAACGAGGUUCGGCAGCAAUACUUGCCAGUUCUCUGGACACAGCUCGUCAAAAAACUCGCAGACGAAGGUAAGGACUCCGUGCCGGAGGUUAUCGAGCUUAUGGAUAGCUAUUUCCUCACCAGAGAGGAUUUCGAUUCGAUCAAGGAACUCGGCAUCGGACCCCAGGACGAAGAGCUCGUCAAUAUCGACACCCAGGCGAAGGCUACCUUUACCAGAUUGUACAAUACCAUGUCCCACCCCAUUCCCUUCAUGAAAGCUACCAGCGUGGUGGCUCCGAAGAAGGCAGCCAGAGACAAGCCAGAUCUUGAAGAGGCGAUAGAUGACGAUGAUGAUGAUGAUGCAGAAGCAGUUGAUGUAGUCGAAGCAGCUGAUGAUGACGAGGAUAUCGACAUUGAGAAGGACAAGUACAUAAAAAAGCCGAAGGCGAAGGGCGCAAAGAAGGGUGGUAAGAAAGCUGCUAAAGCAGAUGACGAGGACGAGGAAGAGGAGAAGCCAAAGGGGCGUAAAAGCAAGGCGGGUGGUGCCAAGGGCAAGGGGAAGAAAUAA